AAUUACAAUCCCAGUAUACCAAUCUUCAAGAUCAAUAUUCACGAGUACAAUUGAGAGUUAAACAUUUAGAACGUAAUUCUGAUACCCAAUAUGUUCAAGAUUCACAACAAGAAAUUAAUCGACUUCACCAGAAUUUUGCUUAUGCUGCUGAUUAA